GGCAUUAUUCAAAAUGGCCGUAAGUUUUGUUUGGACCAGUUUUCGGCAGUUGUAAUUUCUUUUGUGCGAAUAUUGUCCGGUUCGCGUAUCCCGGAGAGGUAUUUGUCAUGUGUACAAGACACAGUUGCUGCUAUGUCAGAACAGUAUAGCAGUGAUGAAGAGGCCUGCAUCUGCAAUGGGGAAGUGCUUGUCAACCACAAGCGCAAGGAGACCCACAAUGUGGUCGAAAGGAGGCGGAAGGACAAGAUCAACAUCAACAUUCUGCGCCUGGGAGACUUGCUCCCGGAUAAGGACCCCAAAAAGCAGAGCAAGAAUGGGAUCCUGGAACGGGCAUCUGAUUACAUAGUCUACCUGAAAGAUCUGAACGAGAAGCUGGUGAUGGAGAAAGCAUCAGAUAUGGAAGCCACCAUCUUUGCAAGGCUCAGGAAGCAGAUACGGGAGCUGGAAGACCUGAACGCCAACUAUGCCCGGCUUCUGACGACGGCCGGUAUUCCUCUUAACGGCACUCCCGAAGAGAUCUGGGACCACAAGCCCAAAAAGUAUUCUCUGAAGCACUCACCGGAGAAGCAACGUGCCUUAGUUACCUGCACAGAGGUGAAGACUGCGCUUCAGUCCUGCCAGCACCACAACACUCCGCCGCCACCAUCAUCACGAGCAGACAUCACGGAGCAGCAGACGCAGCGGCAAAGUAAUGUAUCAGCUACCCAACUUGGCCUCAUGCGCGACAGUGCACCCGGCUGCACACUGGUAACACAAGCACUUCCUUCGGCUCCCGUCAUGUCCACCGCACAGCCUUCGGCUGUGACGGUGUUCCAGCAGCAACCGUUGGCGGCCAUGACUCCGUCGGCCGCGGCAGCCGGCGUCAUGUCUCAGCCGAUUCUUGUCAUCAACGACCAGGGAGUGCCCGUGCUGCAGAACGUUGUCACCUUUCAGAAUACCUCCAUCAUCCUUAACCCACAGGGGCACACCAUGGCACGCGCUCCCGGCUCAGUGGUCUCUUUCCCCGGGUCAGAAAUGUUGGGCGGAGCGCACGUUCAGCUGGCAACAGCGGGGCAAGGGAUGGAGGACUUCGUGGCACACCACCAGCAUGCUCCCACAGCCUUGGGAGGCCUGGUGCAAUGCGACCCUAAGCUGAAGGAGACCAAGCUGUGUGGUGUCCCGCCCAUGCAGAAUGCGACAUUCCUCUCGGGUACCGGCAUGAUGAUGAACCAGCCCAUUCUGUCCUACGGAGGAGGGGCGGCCAUGAUCGCAGGUCAGAACACGGCACCCUCUCAAGUACCGUCUGCAUUUCUCCUCCCCUCUGGGCAAAUUAUUCCUGUUGUGUCUCAGCCGCAGGUUGUAGGGGCACCUAUGCCGCCGCAUCUUAUGAAUGGUCAGGUGAUGCCCAAUGUUGCAUGCACAAACUCUUGCAGUUCUUUGGCUGCUCGCGGAAAGACGAUCGUGUGCGAGACUAGCCGGAGUGUUGUCUGCAGGGAGCAAGCAUCUGUCACUCAAGCCGUACAGAACAAGACCUCUUCCGUCACUGUUCCCGCAUGCAACACCACUACGGCUAGCGCAUCGUCCCAGCAGAGCUGCUGCAAGAAGCAGCAAAAUGUUUGCCCUCAGCACUCGUCAUCAUCUUCGUCAAAGGGCAAGACUCUGCCAGACAGUUCUAAAGGGAAAGCGACCUGUAUCCACUCGGCGUCUAAACAGGCCCUUUGCACGAUUAGGCCCAAGCCGACAUCCCAGAUGCCAGACUCUAGUCAGACCAAGCCAUCGUGUCCACGCAAAGGGAGCAAGAAGGCUGCAAGACCGUGCCUCGAGGUGGCUGCAAAGAAGGCACGCAUAGAAGUUGCAAGGUCAGACGAGGAAAAUGUUGCGAGCACUACUUCCUGCUCCUCUGCCGUCGCCACAGCCCCCAGUCAGGGACUGGAAAGUGUGAGCAGUACCAGCAAUAAAGGAACACCGCCCCUUGCAACAGACAUCCUGGCACAGGCAACAGAGUCUAUCUUCUCGAGCGCCCUUGCAGAGUUGCCCCCUCAAGAUAUUUCUGUCAGCCGAUCGAACAGCAACAGUGCCUCCACUCUUGAGUCAGCAACUUUAGCCCUUCAGACUUCGGUAUCUACAGGAGUCACGGAGAGGAGGGACACGCUCGUGACGGUUGUCACUGCGGCUUCGUCGGACACAGGCUCUGGCCAGUUGCCAGACAGCCGUCGUUCUGAAGCAUCUAUUGCGGUGGAAGCAGUGUGCAGCAAUGAAGCUCUUCAAACGACUGUUGACAAGGAUUCUAAGACAGAGGAAACCUUUCAAAGCAGCAUGUCCUCUGUCCAGAUGGAUGCAGAAACUUCAUCGCCUGGCCAGGCAACCAGCAACGUGCAGGGGACUUCAGCCAAGGAGGCAGAAGACUCUAUUGAAACAACAGAUCGCAAUGAGUUAUCGAGUCUGAGUUUACACUCCAUUGUCAUGGAGGAGAACAUUGACAUAUCUCCAAGUGUUAGUUCAACAACGUUUACUGAAAGCUAUGUCUCUGUUGCUGCAAAUAAUGGCAGUAACACUAUGCCAGAUAAUGCAAACAAGAUGCCCGACUGUGCAGCCUCAAUUCUCUGCCAGUUGACUCCACCAAGCAGCAAGGGCAGUGAGGACAAUAGCAAAGCAUUUGUUUCAAGUACAGACAGCUUGACGUCUGAUCAAGAGUUGCCACUUAUCCUGAGUAUUCCAGAGGAUGACGGGCAUGGUUCACUUAACAGCAACUCAAACCCUGGACUUUCGUUCCCCUCUCUUUCUCCGGGUGAUCAGCUGGAACAGGAAUUGGGAAAUAAUGGAACGAACAAGAAUGUAGAGAGCUCCAGCAGCCUUCCUUCAUUUUCCAUAACUCCUCUCGUACCAUCACUGUCAGUGAGCACCGCACAGGCAUCAGUCAGUUCUAGUCUGAGCAAAAAAAAAGAUUCCACAGAGAGUGUAAACGCUUACGCCUACGUCACGUCAGAUGCAUAUCCGGGCCCGCGGUCAGGAGACCUGCAUGCCAUGGGAAACAGUGGCAGCAAGCAAGACUGCCACCAUGCCUCCCGUUCGCCGCAACUGCAGAAUUUAUCUUCGGCAAAGUUGCUCACGGAGACAUCGUGCCACAGUUUUGUUUCAAGUGCACCGCCCACAUUCACAAUGCAGUCCAGGAGUCUACAGUUCCCUCCCACACAAGUUCAGAACUCGCACACUGUGCUGCCCGGGUUUUCCUCUGCUCAGGGAUUUGCCGCUCCCAAGGAGCCCGAUCCUCUUCCUCCGCCAAUCGGCAGUGGCAAACCACCGCCUUCCCCUUGCAGAAUGGCCCGCGAUUCGGGACGCUCCGCAACGCCCAACAAGAGUCUGCCGAGCCAGUUUCCGACGUCCAUCAAUUCGUACAUGGCGACGACCUGCUUCCCUCGACCUGACCAGUACAUGGCCGGAGCCCGGAGCUUCAGCACCAGCGGCGGCGUGCUGGGCAGCCACAGCACCUCCCUGUCGUGCUAUUCGGCCGAAGCCCUGAUCGGAACGCAGAACUUCCUCCCGUCCUCGUACCGCAUGGCCCCUCCCUGCACCCAGCUACCAACCACUCAGAUGACGUCGUGCCGCCAGUCAUCCCGCCCUCAGAUAUCCUACUCGGCUGAGAGCCUGAUCCAGUCGCAGGCAAGCAACUCCAAAAAGGAUGCCCUGGGAGGCUCUAAGGAGGCGGCCAGUUUUACUAACCAUCCCGGCUUUGGGAAUCGGCUACCCUACACCCAGCCCCAGAUGAGCGGCCAGCUGCAGAGCAGUAACCACCCACACCAAAGGCAGGUGCCAGCCAGCACGACGCAGCAGAGCCAUCAGCUGAAUCCCAGCAUAUCGAUUGCCGACAACCGAACCCACACUCUGCAAGCGUCGGGCGGACCCGCGGCCGUGAACAGUAGCUACCACGUGCAGCAAAACCUGGCCGGCAGCCCAGCCAGGUACCCGCUCCAUUCCUACCAUCACGGCAAAGAUGACUUCCCCAGUCUCCAUACAACCUCGUCGUUGCAUGCUGCACCUUCCACUUCGCAUUCUACCACGCACGGCCAUCACCUGCAGCCGGACGCCAGUGCAAGCCAGAACGUCUUUCAGCACCAAAACUACCCGUACCCCAACUUUACACUUGGACACAGGAGUCCUAGUUUCAGCGCCUGCUCGUCCCGUCCCGAAGUUCCGCCCCUGAGUCGCGCUCCCUCGAGCUGCCUGCAGUCAUCGUCCCCGAGGCAGGCUCACUUCGGGAUGCAGGGGCCCCUGCCCACCUCGCAGCAGCAGGGGUGCCUGUUUCCGAGUUCUUCAGGAGCUCCGAUCCUGCCUCCUCUUGCCUCGGAGUUUGGGUCCCAAUGCUCGGGGCCUCUGGCCCCUCCCCCGCCCGUCUUUGGCAACCUCUCGCAGCACUGUGCUCAGGCGCCCCAUCUCGUGAAUAACCUGAUACCCGGCCCAUUUGCAACGACGAGCACCUCGAUCUGCAAUGCUCCGCUGUCCCUGCCCACGGCCGACGCCGAAAAACAGCCGCGCAGAGAAAAGUCGUCGAUGCUCCCGACUCCGGAACCGCAUUGCUCCGAUACCACCGAAAAGCAGAAUCCCAAGUCUAAAUCAAAAAAGAACAAAGCCUCCAGUUCCUCGCACAAUUCCGUCACCACCAUCCCUUACUUUCCGGAUUUCAUGAGAACCGAAUCUCAGAAUCACGCGUUGCUGCAGCUGCCACCACCUCCGGCCGGAGUUGCCGCGGUGCCCGUGACCACACAAAAGCUACCUCACUCCUCGUCAUCUUGGCAGCAUCAGCAGCAUCAUAAAGCGGUCCGCAGCAACGCGGAACCAGAGUGCAGCACCAACUCGAGCAGCAUGGCGUACAAUCCCCUCUUCAGGCCACAGUCUCAAAACAGCAUCAACCUCAACCUGAAUGCUCCCGGGCCGCCUCCCCCUUCGGCCCCUCACUCAUUGGCACCUCCUUCCUUCUCGCAUCAUCACAGCCCACUGCAGAGGAGCAGUCAGCAGAGCUCGUCCUCGUCGAUCCCCAACCCCACCUCGACGACCACGUCGGCCGUGCAGGGUCACUACGCGAACUGUGCAGUUACGCCGUCGCAUCACGUGCCCAACUUCAACCUGAGCAACAUUUUUCCAGACAUCGGUGCCGGUUCGGCCGAACAGAGUCGGGGGUCGUCCGCGCACUUUUACCCACCAAGUCGCAUGCUUCACAACUCAUUCAACCACAUCCUGCCUCCUCCUCCUCCGCCAGCUCCGCACAACAACUUUGUACCGUCGGGUCACCACUCGCACGCGCCGUCUUUCUCUAACGUCAUACCGCCGCUCACCUUCCCGAUGCACGAGCACUGAGCAUCCUGAAUUCUGAUUGCUCUUGCUGUUUUUUUUGUUUUUUUAACUUCAAAGUAUUCUGGGGAGUGGGCACAAGCCAUAGUUUACUUCUUCAGGCUGGUACUACAGAUUGCUUUGAUAUCUUUUGUAUAUUUCUCGUUUGUGCCUCAUUGAUAUAGCAAACUGAACGAGCACAAUUUAUAGAUGAGCAUGGGACUUACCUACCUCUAGUUUUCUUCAUCUCACAUGUGUCAUACUAUUUCUUCAAUAAUUAACUUUUCUCGGCUGAAAUCAUCGAUCAGCCGUUUUUCAGUGUUUCAGUGAUAACUGUUUUGUGAGACCUGGAUGCCUUUGCACUCCAAACUAAAUUGAUUCAAUGUACUGUGGGUUGUUGAGCAUUUGGGUAUCGGGGGUUCAAAAGCUCACAUUCUCUACAAGGGUUGACUGAAAAGUUGGCCUGUUUGCUCAGCAGUCUGGGAAGAAAGAACAUACUAACAAUCAAACAGUGAACCUUCUUUGAGAGGGAAUACCAUUUUAGUGUAAUUGUUUCCUUGUAGAGUGUGUGCCUCGUGUGUGAGACAAGUGUUCUCAUUUCGAGAACCAAAGGCUUUAAGCUUUUGAUUUGUGUGCAUUUAAUCAGGGAGAAAACAUGGUUUUAUUAAGUGGAUUCUAAAUACAGACAUCUUCCUUUUUAAAGGUGAAGAAAAUAUGCAAUCUUUAGGUUGCCUUGACCUUCUUAUAUUGAUGAUAUCAGAAUGCAAACAUGUGUGAACAAAACUGCACCUUACAGUAUUUUAGGGCCCACGUAGAGCCCAUUUCCUUCAGAGAUACAUACAGGAAAAAAAAAGUAUUUCCAUGCAUAGCACUGGUGAGGCAAUUUAAUUCUACCCCACAAAUGUCUAGCCAUAGACUUUUUUGAGAAGCACCAUAGAAAGUAUAUGGGUUCUUAACCAUUUGUCUACACACUUCUGUUAGAACUACUCAUACUUCUCUGAUGUCAAAUGCAAGAUUCCGAAAGUUUUUUAUAACUGGUCAAAACUGAAAUGGUAUUGAAAGGUUAGGUGAAAGACAAACAUCUGGGAUUUUUGUUUAACAUCAAGAAAAUCUGCCUUUACCUUGAGGAACAGUGUGUUGCAGGAUGAAACCAUUAUAGAACAGCGUAGCAGUUAUGAACUUGCACAUUUCUGGUUUGUCCUUACUAGAGCUCUGCUUUUCUCUCGUUGUGCUUUUCUCCCGUUGCUUAGCUUGCCUACACGUUAUACUUGUCAGCUGAUUUUAUUUUUAUACACAAUAAUACCUUUUUUUGGUAUGGAAGGAAACUGGAACCAUUGAUUCCAUGGCAUACAAAAGUAUGUGAGAGCUUGAUACAGGGGUAGCUUUGAAUGGUGACUUUAUUAAACAGUCAGUUUGUUUUUAAACAUCUUUUGCUGACUCAACAUUUUACAAUUUAAUUCAGAUCAUUCAGGGGGCAUACAAUGACAGGAUAAUUGUGCGACUUGUAUCUGUAGCAUGCUGUGGCAGCUUUUUCACUGCACCAGAGGCAGCAAACUAAUGAGUUGACUCCUCCGAUAUUAUCCUCACUGUCUACUGCUUUUGUUCUGGCAAAAUAGUUGCCACAGGCAUGUUGCAUGUGCUUGACAUUUGCCUCUGAAAUAUACUUUUGUGGAACAUGCUAAAUAUGUGUGACAGAUAUCCUUAUAAAAGGUUAGGGUGCAAAUGAGCGGGUGAAGGUUUAACAUAAUUUAAAACUAACCCCCGAGACUGGGGAAAAGACG